GGUGCACUCCUACUCUUCUGGGGUUUUUUUUUAAGGUUUAUCUGCUAUCUUGCACAAAUGAACUAUCAAAGUCUGUGUGUCUGAAUAAACCCGGAUCCGGAUUAAAACUAGAUUUGGAGCUGUUCGUCUUUUGUAUUUAUAUUUGACCGCUAACUGAUCUUCCAGUGCAAAGUUAGCUUAGCCUGCUAACAACAACAAGCCUGCAGGGGGCGGAGCUUCAGGACACUUCCCGAUCGAAUCGACAAAAAAUACGUUUUAGAGACAAUUUGGAAUUUUACAAAUCUGGUAAAAUCGUGUGAAAAUGCCGAAUGUCGAAAUGCUGAGAGCGUUACUGAAGCAGCGACUACCUGCAGAUGAUGACGAAGAGAUAUUUGAGCUGUUUGAAAGAACAAUCGCAGAGUACGAGGAGGAACUUUGGCGGUUGAAAGAGGAGAUCGAGCGACAAAGAAAACUCCUGGAAGUUGCUUACAACUCUGAAGGUCAAAUCCAGAAAACAGAUGUGCGGCAACUGUUGGUGAUUAAAGAAGAGGUUUCCACCGAGCAGCAGGCAUGGAACUGCAGUCUGGAGCACAUGGGACCAGAACUCCCACACAUUAAAGAGGAAGAGGAGAAACCGGAGGCCAGUCAGAGUCAAGAGCACCUUCAUGGGUUGGAGGAGGUGGAUGUCAUCGAGUUCCCGUUCACUCCUGUCUCCGUGAAAUGUGAAACUGAAAUGAAACCGCAGCCUUCACAGAAUUGCCAAAAUCAAACUGUGGAAAAUGGAGAGGCAGAACCUCAAACCAGCAGAUCAGCUGAUAGGAUGAAAGCAGAAGAUGAAGAGAAUUGUGGGAGGGCAGAACCAGUUCAAAGUUUUGACAUAGACAGCCAUUUACACCCACAUAAUGAGGAUGUGACUUUAAACUCUUCUGAAUCUGAGACUCAAGAUAGUAGUGACAACUGGAAGGAGAUCUGGGAUCUUGGAAUGAAAGUUCCUGUAAGGAACAGGGGACGUAGUGCUGGCACAAAAAAAUUUAAAUGCUCUGAAUGUGGAGUAAGACUGAGCCGAAAGGGCGCACUGAAUGAACACAUGAUAAUCCACACAGGUGAGAAACCUUUUAGCUGUUCUAAAUGUGGUCGCAGAUUUGGACUGAAGAGCAAUCUGAAGACCCACAUGAGAAUUCAUACAGGGGAGAAACCAUUUUGCUGUUCUGAGUGUGAUCAGAGUUUUUCCCACAAGGUUCAGCUGCAUACCCACAUGGGAAUUCACACUGGAGAGAAGCCAUUUGGUUGUUCCGAAUGUAGGCGAAGGUUUUCCCAAAAGAGCAGUCUGAAGAGGCACCUGAGAAUUCAUACAGGAAUGAAAACCACUUAGCAGAUCCUAUGUUUGGCAAAAGGUUUGAGCUAAAGCUCAUCUGAAGGUUUUUUAAAGCAUUGAAAUCGCAAUGAGUCUCUACGUUCUGUACAGUUAUGAGGAAAAAAAUGGCGUAUUUAAAAGAACAGAAGGUGUGUAGGUGUGUACUAGAAAUAGAUAAGAAGUAACAAGGAUAAAAUAAAAUUUCAACCACAAGCAGAAUUCAGAAAAUGGUUUGAAAUGAUUCAUCACAACACAAUUAAAAACAAAAAGGUUUGCAGGAAAAGUGAAUCUGAAAGUCUGAUGUGAGCAGGCUGCUGGUAUGUAUGUGUAUGUGUGUGUGUGAUUUCAUUAAACCACUUACACAGAUUGAUUGUGAUUAUGCUAUUUGGGUCUAAAUUGUAGCCGCAUUGGUAGCACAGAUAUUACGCCAAACGUGUUUGUAGGGCUUUGUUUUUACUUGACUUUGACCAGUCUGCUCCAGAAGCAAAUUUUCUGGAGACACUAAGUAAAGUUCCCUUUAGGUUUGGUGGAAAUCCGGCCAACCAUUUAUUUGUUAUUUUGUUCAAACACACAAACACAGGAGUGAUUACAAUAACCUGGUCAUGCAGCAAUAUGUGGCCCAAACUGCAUCGUGAUCUAUUAAACCUCCACACAAGUACUUCUAGUAUGUCCAAAAGAUUAUGUUGUAUAAGUAUUUUCCCCUGGUUUAUAAUGAUUUUAUCCACCUAUGUUUAUAAUGAACAUGUCACUGACAUUUUUAAUGUACAUGCUUUGCUGUAUGUUUUUAUUAUUUUUGUUGUUAAUAUUAUUUAAUCGAUGCCCUGAUGAAACAUGAUUUAAUAUACAUCUUGUGCGCUGUAUAAUAUUAAUGUACCAAAAAAAAAACCUCAGAAAUCCUUGA